AAAUCUGUGUGUUUUUGGGGUUUUGUAAGCAAAGUCAGUAACUGAGAGAGAAAAAGAGAGGGCAAUGCGCACAGCGGCGCAAAAUACGCGAAACCUACUCUACUGGUCGCCUUUCUCUCCCACUAUACACCCGCUACUCAGGCUAACAUACGCUCCCAUGCUUCCUUCCGUUACAUAUUCUUGAAUAGCCUUCUUCCUCUUCCACAAUGCGUCAACGUCCUCCGCCGUUAAUGGCGGCCGUUGCUUUUCUCUUCUUUCUCGUUUUCCAAUCCCCCACUUUGCUAAUACAUGCUGAUAGUUCUCCAGAAACCCUAGCAGAAAUCGACGCACUUGUUGAUUUCAAGCUUAAUCUCCAUGAUCCGCUUGGUGCAUUCACCAGCUGGGACCGGUCCACUGCUUCGGCUCCAUGUGACUGGCGCGGCGUCGGUUGCUCCGAUGGCCGUGUCACCGACCUUCGUCUCCCUCGUCUUCAGCUACGCGGUGUGCUCUCGAGCAAGCUUGGUAAUUUGAGGAUGCUGCGGAGGUUGAGCCUCCGGUCGAAUAACUUCAACGGGAGUAUUCCUUCGUCUCUGUCGAAAUGUGAUCUGUUGGAGUAUGUUUUUCUUCAGUAUAACUCGUUCUCUGGCGACAUUCCGCCGGAGAUCUCGAACUUAAACGAGCUUCUGAUAUUUAACGUCGCCGGAAACAAUAUUUCUGGUGAAGUUCCGGAGAAUCUCCCUUCAAGCUUACGGUACCUCGAUCUCUCCUCAAAUUCACUCUCCGGGGAAUUACCUGGUAACCUCUCCGACUUACCUGAUCUUCAACUCAUAAACCUCUCAUACAAUCUCUUCACUGGUGCUAUUCCGGAGAGAUAUGGAGCUUUACAGAAGCUUGAGUUCCUCUGGCUUGAUCAUAAUCAGUUGCAAGGGACGUUACCUUCGGCGAUUGCGAACUGUACUUCACUUGUUCAUUUUAGCGCUGACGGGAAUGAAAUCGGAGGUGUUAUUCCGGCGGGAAUAGGCUCGAUUCCUAAGAUACAAGUAAUCUCUCUCUCAAACAACAAUCUCACUGGUUUAAUUCCGGCGUCUAUUUUCUGUAACGUUUCGGUUUCUCAACCUUCUCUGAAGAACGUUCAGUUAGGGUUUAAUGCAUUCACAGAUAUUGUACCUCCUCCAUCUUCUAGCUGUUUUAGUGUUCUGCAAGUUUUGGAUCUUCAACAGAAUCAGAUUCACGGGGAUUUCCCUUUGUGGCUGACUAAUUUAUCCACAUUAACAGCUUUAGAUCUUUCUGGUAAUCAUUUGUCGGGUAAAAUUCCAAGUGAGAUCGGAAAUUUGAAACGAUUAGAGGAGCUGAAGUUGGCAAAUAAUUCGUUAACCGGAUUGUUUCCAAGUGAAAUCAAGCAAAUCAGUAACUUAAAAGUUCUAAAUCUCGAAGGGAAUUUGUUCUCCGGUGAAAUCCCCAAGUUUUUAAGCGAGAUGAGAGGGCUUAAAAUGCUACAUUUGGGUGGAAAUCGAUUCAAUGGCAGCAUUCCUUCAAGUUUUAGCAAUCUUUCACAGCUCGAAACACUUAGCUUGAGAGAUAAUUCACUCACCGGAACAUUGCCAGAAGAUCUCAUGUCAAUGAGCAAUCUCACAACCUUAAACCUCGCCGGAAACAAGUUUUCCGGUGAUAUUCCGGUGAGCAUUGGAAAUCUGAAAGCGAUAUCAGUUCUGAACUUGAGUGGGAAUGGAUUUUCAGGCAAGAUUCCGGGAAGCAUUGGGAGUCUCUACAAGCUCACCGCUCUUGAUUUGAGCAAACAGAAUCUCACCGGAGAGCUGCCGUUGGAUCUCUUUGGCUUACCCAGUCUCCAAGUAAUUGCUCUACAAGAAAAUAAAUUCUCCGGCGAUGUUCCCGAAGGUUUCAGCAGCUUAUUAGGUUUGCAUUACUUAAACCUCUCUUCAAAUCUCUUCUCCGGUCACAUCCCUUCAACUUUCAGCUUCCUCAAGUCUUUAUCCGUUCUCUCUUUGUCAAACAACAAUAUCUCCGGGAAGAUUCCACCGGAGCUUGGGAACAGUUCCGAUCUUCAGAUUCUCAAUCUGGGUUCAAAUACUUUGACUGGGUCAAUCCCUUAUGAUCUUUCACGCCUCUCCCAUUUAACCCAACUCGAUUUAAGCAACAACAAUCUCUCCGGUGAAAUCCCACAAGAAUUUUCCGGUAUCUCAUCCCUGAACUCAAUCCUUCUGAACUCCAACCAUCUUUCCGGCAACAUUCCGGCGACCUUCUCUUCUUUACCUAACCUCACUUCACUAGACCUCAGUUCAAACAACUUAACAGGUGAAAUCCCAACAAAUCUCACAGAAAUCCCAACCUUGAUUUAUCUCAAUCUCUCAAACAACAAUCUCCAAGGAAAAAUACCCGAAUCAUUAGCUUCAAGAUUCAACAACGAAUCCGAUUUUUCCGGUAACACUAAUUUAUGCGGGAAGCCAUUGAACAAAAAAUGCAAAGAUAAAAGCAGCAGCAGCCGGAAAAGACUGAUUCUUCUAAUCAUUGUGGCGGUCGCCGGAGCAUUUCUCAUGUCAAUCUGCUGUUGCUUCUACACCUACAGCCUCCUCCGGUGGCGGAAACGGAUCAAACAAAACUCAAAAUCCGGCGACAAAAAGCGUCCAAGCCCCCAUCGAAGCUCCGGGACACGAAGCUCCGGCGAAAAUGGCGGCCCGAAACUCGUCAUGUUCAACAACAAGAUCACCCUCGCCGAAACCCUAGAAGCCACUCGCCAAUUCGAUGAAGAAAACGUUUUAUCCCGAACGCGAUUCGGAUUAAUCUUCAAAGCAUGUUACAAUGAUGGAAUGGUGUUAUCGAUUCGAAGAUUACAAAACGGGGUCCUCGAAGAAAUCGCGUUUAAAAAAGAAGCCGAACUCCUCGGGAAAAUCCGUCACCGGAACCUAACCGUUCUUCGCGGGUACUACGCGGGCCCACCGGACCUCCGACUGCUGGUAUACGACUACAUGCCAAACGGAAACCUAGCUACACUGCUUCAAGAAGCAUCGCAUCAAGAUGGUCACGUUUUGAAUUGGCCAAUGAGACAUUUAAUCGCGCUCGGUAUCGCCCGGGGAUUAGGGUUUCUCCAUUCGACUGCAACCGUACACGGUGACAUAAAGCCGCAAAACGUCCUCUUCGAUGCGGAUUUCGAAGCGCACGUUUCCGAAUUCGGCCUCGCGGUCCUCGCCGGAGCGUCGUCGCCGGAAACCGCCGCGUCGGUCGGGUACGCGUCGCCGGAGGUGGUGUUGACCGGAGAAGUUACGCCGGAAUCGGAUGUUUAUAGUUUCGGGAUUGUGUUGUUGGAGUUGUUGACGGGGAAGAAACCGGUGAUGUUUACGCAAGAUGAGGAUAUUGUGAAAUGGGUUAAGAGGAUGUUACAAACAGGUCAAGUAUCAGAGCUUUUGGAACCCGGGUUACUUGAGUUGGACCCGGAGUCGUCCGAAUGGGAAGAGUUUUUGCUUGGUGUGAAGGUCGGGCUGCUGUGUACUGCGCCCGACCCUCAUGACCGCCCUACGAUGGCGGAUAUUGUUUUUAUGCUGGAAGGUUGUCGGGUCGGGCCAGAUAUUCCAUCGUCUGCUGACCCGACCAGUCAACCUUCACCGGCUUAAAAAUCUAACAUGUUAGAUAUGUGGAAUGCUAGAUUUUUAUUUUUAAUUUGAUUUUUGUUUGUUUGACAUUAAUUUUCAAUUGAUGUUUCCGAUUUGAUUGUAGUAAUGUAGUUCAGAAAUUCGAUGUUUUCAAUAUGUCAAUUUUGUUUAUGUA